UUUCUCUUGUCGCUGGCGCUGGUAAAAUUCCAUCUUGGUGACCUUAGCAGGUCAUCAAAAUGAUGAUGAGUUACUGUUGACUUUUAAGACUAAGUUGUGAAUGAUUGAAGUGUGUCGGGGCCUGAUGACCCGUCCCACGGAGGAUUUCAGCAGGCAGCAAAUAAUGGCGGCAGUUAUGGGGGAUCCCGGACUCUCCAAAUUGCAGUUUGCCCCCUUCAGCAGUGCCUUGGAUGUUGGAUUCUGGCAUGAGUUGACCCAGAAGAAGCUGAAUGAGUAUCGGUUGGAUGAAGCUCCCAAGGACAUUAAGGGUUACUACUACAAUGGUGAUUCUGCUGGGCUGCCAGCUCGCUUAACAUUGGAGUUCAGUGCUUUUGACAUGAACGCUCCCACGCCAGCCCGCUGCUGCCCGGCGGUUGGAACGCUGUAUAACACCAACACACUCGAGGCUUUCAAGGCUGCAGAUAAGAAGCUACUUCUGGAACAAGCAGCAAACGAGAUCUGGGAAUCCAUCAGAUCGGGGGCUGCUCUUGACAACCCUGUCCUCCUCAGCAGGUUCCUCCUCUUGACAUUUGCGGAUCUAAAGAAGUACCACUUCUACUAUUGGUUUUGCUCCCCCGCUCUCUGCCUUCCAGAGAGUAUACCCCUCAUUCGGGGGCCAGUGGGCUUGGAUCAAAGGUUCUCACCGCCACAGAUUCAAGCCCUUGAACGAGCAUAUGAUGAUCUUUGUCAAACAGAAGGAGUCCCAGCAGUGCCUUACUUCUUAAUCAAGUAUGAUGAGAACAUGGUGCUGGUUUCCUUGCUUAAACACUACAGCGAUUUCUUCCAAGGUCAGAGGACCAAGAUAACUAUUGGUGUAUAUGAUCCCUGUAACUUAGCCCAGUACCCUGGAUGGCCUUUGAGGAAUUUUUUGGUCCUAGCAGCCCACAGAUGGAGUAGCAGUUUCCAGUCUGUUGAAGUCCUCUGCUUCCGGGACCGCACUCUGCAGGGGGUGAGAGACGUCACCCACAGCAUCAUCUUCGAAGUGAAGCUUCCAGAAAUGGCAUUUAGCCCAGAUUGUCCCAAGGCAGUUGGAUGGGAAAAGAACCAGAAAGGAGGCAUGGGACCAAGGAUGGUGAACCUCAGCGAAUGUAUGGACCCUAAAAGGUUAGCUGAGUCAUCAGUGGAUCUAAACCUCAAAUUGAUGUGUUGGAGAUUGGUCCCUACUUUGGACUUAGACAAGGUUGUGUCUGUCAAGUGUCUGCUGCUAGGAGCUGGCACCUUGGGUUGUAAUGUAGCCAGGACAUUGAUGGGUUGGGGCGUCAGACACAUCACAUUCGUGGACAAUGCCAAGAUCUCCUAUUCCAACCCUGUGAGGCAGCCUCUGUAUGAAUUUGAAGAUUGCCUGGCGGGUGGUAAGCCCAAGGCCCUGGCUGCAGCAGACCGGCUCCAGAAAAUAUUCCCCGGAGUGAACGCCAGAGGGUUCAACAUGAGCAUCCCCAUGCCGGGACACCCAGUGAACUUCUCCAGCGUCACCCUGGAGCAGGCCCGCAGGGAUGUGGAGCGGCUGGAGCAGCUCGUCGAAGGCCAUGAUGUCGUGUUCCUGCUGAUGGACACCCGGGAGAGCCGAUGGCUGCCCGCCGUCAUCGCCGCGAGCAAGAGAAAGCUGGUCAUCAAUGCUGCCUUGGGAUUUGACACAUUUGUUGUCAUGAGACAUGGCCUGAAGAAGCCUAAGCAGCAGGGAGCCGGGGACUUGUGUCCCAGCCACCCUGUGGCACCUGCUGACCUCCUGGGCCCAUCACUUUUUGCCAACAUCCCUGGCUACAAACUUGGCUGCUAUUUCUGCAAUGAUGUGGUGGCCCCGGGAGAUUCAACCAGAGACCGGACCUUGGACCAGCAGUGCACUGUGAGUCGUCCAGGACUGGCCAUGAUUGCAGGAGCCCUGGCGGUGGAGUUGAUGGUUUCUGUUUUGCAGCAUCCAGAAGGGGGCUACGCCAUUGCCAGCAGCAGUGACGACCGCAUGAAUGAGCCUCCAACCUCUCUCGGGCUUGUGCCUCACCAGAUACGAGGAUUUCUGUCGCGAUUUGAUAAUGUCCUUCCUGUCAGCCUGGCAUUUGACAAAUGUACAGCUUGUUCUUCCAAAGUUCUUGAUCAGUAUGAACGAGAAGGAUUUAAUUUCCUGGUGAAGGUGUUUAAUUCUUCACAUUCCUUCUUAGAGGAUUUGACUGGUCUUACGUUGCUGCAUCAAGAGACCCAGGCUGCUGAGAUCUGGGACAUGAGCGACGACGAGACCAUCUGACGCGCCCCCCGCCCUGGCUGCCGGCCCACCGAGGGGCUCUCAGUCUCCGGAGCAGGACGCCGCCCCCAGGACCGGUGAUUCUGGGCCCCGGGCCCCUCCAACCUUUGUGGUCCCCUCAUCUCCAUACCUUAAGGACUGGGGCCCUUCCUCUGCUGCCCGGGAGCUUCUCCGUUUCUUAUGAUUCAUGGUCCCCCCAGUUCUCAGCUAAAUAAUAACCUUGGCUUCGGCCUCGCCAGUGAUCUGGGACUUGGUUCCCUCCACGAGCAGUUCUUUCUUCUUGUUGUCACAAGCCUUUGGCAGUCAGGCUCCCGGGAUUCUCCUGGCCAGGACCCCCAUGGGGUGGAACGAGGACGGGGAGGAGUUGGCCCAACACAGAGCAGGUAGGGAAGUGAGAAGUCAGCGCCUUGCGGCAGCCAUCGCAGAGGCAGCGCCACAAAGCCCACAGAGGGGCCCCAGGCACGUGUGAGCGCUGGGGUCCUCGUCAGUGCUCGUCAGCUUGGCCUGCGAGCGGGGGAGGCAGGAGAGCUGAGCCACGUGCAGGAAAGAAGGGACCGAACUUGUCCCUGUGAGCCCAGACCCCCGCUGAGGACGGAGUCUGCUGCCCAGACAGCUCCUCCACCUGCGGGCCUGUUCUCAGCCGCGGGCUCAGGGGAGGACACAAGUGUCUGCUGCUUUGGGCUGGUAGCAGGGCCCAGGGACAGAUCCUCGAAGCUGCCUGCGUGGGGCCCCUCCUGCCUGUACAGGACACCCGAGGCUCAGAGAAGACUUCAGACCCCACGUGAGAGCCUGCUCUCCUGCCGCAAGCAGGGGCGGCUGCGCCUCUCGUCCCAGGCUCCUCCCUGGUGGUGGCCUGGAAGGCCCGACUCCGUGUGGGCUGGAGUCCGUGGUGUGUCUGCCUCAGCCUGUGGCCAGGUGUCCAUCAGGGGUGGCCGGAGGGCUCUGCCAUGGGCCCCUCAGGCUGAUCUGCCUCCUCCUCCUGGGUGAGCAUGUCCGUGCCAGCCUCCUCCUCCUGGGUGAGCAUGUCCGUGCCAGCCUCAGAGCUGGGCGUGGAACCCGGGACAGGGGCCCUUUCCACACUUUUAUUUCUGUGGUGUCAUCCUUUGUCUUGGGCCUGGAACCAAAGUCAGAAUUGAGUCUGAGUCGUACAAGAGUUGGAUUUCUGUAAGUUAGGUUUUAAAUGACGUUUCUCCUAGAGAGUUAAAAUUACAGCUUUCCAGCCUGUGUGGGGCUUAAAUCGGAGGCCACCGUACAAAAGGGCAGGGCUGCUGAGCCUGCCCCACCCUCUCCGGGGCUUCAAGCGAAGGCCCCGCCCAGCCUGGCUCUGUCACUGCAGGACCCAAGAAUCACACAUACAGUCUGUGGUUUAAGAGCACUUUAUUAUUGUUCUUAAGGCUACUUUUAAGUACAAAAAAAAGAUGGCCUGCCAAACCUUUUUUUUUUCUUCUUCUUCCAGGAAAAACAGGCCACAGAGAAUGGUAUAUUACAGAUUUACAAACAUGGAGAGAAUGGUCAGAACGCACUGCAGAUGGCGUGGCUCUGUGAAGAACCUCUCUGUGCCCCCCGAGGCCUGGGAGUGUCCCUUCCUGGUGACCGUUUGGUUUCCUGCCCGAGGCCCCUCCCAGGUGCUGCCUAUCCCAGAUAGGUCAGCGCACCAGGGACCCGGCCCUCAGUGCCACCGUCCCUCGCAAAGCGAUGGCCUCGCUGGUGGAUGCGGGCAUGCGAGGAGCCCGUUCUGCACAGAGCCGCCGGCAGUGGGGUUGUUUUCCUGGGGCGACGCUCAGUAGCCUGUAGCAAUAACAAACUAGUGGCUAUUAAGGCAGAUGCAGUGUUCUCAUAGAAUAACUGUGUUCCUGCACUUUUACAGACAAAUCUACGACAAAAAAAAGAUCAACUUUUUUUUUUCCAAACAACAAAAAAAUAUGAAUGAUUACAAUAGGAAAGGGAAAAAUUAAAUAGCUACAUAUCAUUAACAAAUUAAUUGUUCUUCAAAAAAUACCUACAAAUUUCUCUGUACAUUCUUUACGCACAGCGUAAUGAUGGUCUUAAAGUUACCUAUAUAAAAAAAGUGUUCUCAACGAUUUUUCCUACAGAAAAUAUAGGGGCCUGAAUGCAGAAGCCUGGAAGCCCAGUUAAGUGGGAGGGAAACAUGUGCAGGGGCCAAAGGGGGAGGCUUUCCUCCCGCCUUUUCAAAUACCUACAGCCACCCUGUGGCCACAAGAGCCCAUCCUCCUGCCUGUUCACCCAAUGCCAACGAGCGAACCUGUACUUUUCUCAUACUGACAACCAGCCUCGAGAGCUCCGGUGAGUCCACGGCGCCUCGCAGGUGAGGUGGUCGUGCCCGAGUCACCUGGCCAGGUGACCCCACUGCUCAAGCCCUGUGGUGGGCAAGGCUGGAAGGUAGUAGCACAGGGGAGGGGCAGGGGCAUAGAAACGUUUACCAGAAAGAAGAGCAGCUGUCGAACAUCCACAGCUGGGUCUGUCAUGCUUUCUUCUGCACCUAAUCUCUAGUUAGUAGCUAUUACUAUAGCAAACGAUAAUAAAUGCAGUAAUAACUGUAUAAAGUCAGAGGAAUGUAUACUGCCUUGGCCCCAGCGUACGAGGAAGCAUACAAAACACCAUCUCACAGAUUGUCAGGAAUCUGCUGUUCAGCCAAGAGUUCAAAGGGAGCAGUUUCUACAUCGAGGGAAGUUGGAAGACGCAAGUCCCAACUCCCCUGGGAGCGAGUUAAGAAGCAGACAGGGAUGCAAAAAGUAACUGUCAGCCUGCAGCCACAACUCCAGCAUCCUCCUCUGCAGCUGAUCAGCCACUCGCCCGCCCGUGUCCAGGGCCUGCCAGGGACCGACUGGCCCCCACGCUACUUGCGAGUAACGUGAAUAUGAAACACAAAUCUUAGAGUACAACUGUACCAGCAGUAAGUAUAUCUAGGACUGUAACUGACAAAAAUAAACGAAUUCUGAAAAGAAGCUAGUAAGUAUUAAGCUUUUUGUUUACUGUCUAUACAGUUAAUAGAAACCAGCUAUUUUUAUCCAUUAAAACAUGCAUCACGUUUAAAGCACUACAAAAUCCUCCAACUUCAGCUCUAGUCUAACAAACUGCAGUGUUUAGAAAAGGUAAAAUGCCCGUGAUUGGUAGGGUCUGCAGUCCAGUUGCAAGCACCUGAAAA